CGUGACACGCAGUCACGUGACGGCGUACCAGGAAAAGGACCAAUAUGGCGGUGUGUGUGGCUGUUAUUGCUAAAGAGAAUUAUCCACUAUACAUACGAAGUAUUCCUACCGAAAAUGAGUUAAAAUUCCAUUACACUGUACAUACCUCCUUGGACGUGGUGGAUGAAAAAAUUUCAGCCAUGGGGAAGGCACUGGUGGACCAGAGGGAACUUUACCUGGGACUCCUUUACCCAACAGAAGACUACAAGGUAUAUGGAUAUGUUACCAACUCAAAAGUCAAAUUUGUCAUGGUUGUUGAUUCCUCAAACACUGGUCUGAGAGACAAUGAGAUCCGUAGUAUGUUCCGCAAACUCCAUAAUUCCUACACAGAUGUAAUGUGUAAUCCGUUUUACAAUCCAGGAGACCCCAUCCAGUCAAGGGCCUUCGAUAAUGCAGUUACGUCCAUGAUGAUGCCAGUGUGCUAAGCCUGAUCUGAGGACCCUCCAUGUUUUUAUUAUUUAUGUAUGUCUAUGAGAAACACGUUGGGGACAGAAUGGAACCUGUAAAUAAAUUGUGUGGACAAAACACAGAUUGUGGAUGUCUCUACAGUGGGACACUAAAUUAUUCCUCAUCACCUAGUUCUACAUUUUGACAGCCCAGCCGGGUGUAUGAAUGGCACAUGUUUUUGUCGUGCUGAACUGGAUCCAAAUACACUGCAAAAGGGUUUUGUUUUGGGGUUGUUUUUUGUUCACCACUCCUCCCUCCAUGCAUGCCUGGUAACAAGUUGGAGUACUAGCAUAGCCCAAGCCCUGGGCCACAUGUGACCCUAUGCACACACCAAGAAGAUCACUCUUUGUUUUUUUCUUUCUUCAUCCACAUAUUGUAUGCUAAAUAGCUAAACAACCAUGCAUGUAUAGGAGAUAUGGCUAGGAACCACUUAGGCUCACGAUCUAAAAUUGUAUUGCUGCU